AUGGGUAAUGGUACUAUAUUAUACUUGGAGGACUUUGAGAAUCGGAGGCCCUGCGCUGUUGCCCAGGCUGCACGCCCCAAGGACGGCCCUGCUAGAUGGGAUGCGGACGUAGGGCGUGUGGAUGGGACGCGGGCGAAGGAGCUGCGUUUGGACGCGACUCCGGGCGCUAAUCCUUCCGUAAAUUUUGCUACCCUGGUGCAACUGGAACCGCCGCCUCGCCUCGCCGUCCGAGACAAAGGGAAGAGGGGGGAAAAAUGCUCGCCAGAACCCUCGUCGGCGGCGUCCGGGCCCGCCUCGCGCCGUCCCUCGCGAGCCUCCGCCGCCUCCGCCGCGGCCGCCGACGACCUUGUCAUUGACGAGGACCCGCCACGCGCCGCCUCGACGUCCGCCGUCGCCACCGCCACCACCGUGGCGGCUACCGUGCCGACCGUCCUGCAGCCGCGCGUGCUCAUCUACGACGGCGUCUGCCACCUCUGCCACCGCGGGGUGAAGUGGGUGAUCAGGGCGGACAAGCACGCCAAGAUCAGGUUCUGCUGCGUGCAGUCCAAGGCCGCCGAGCCAUACCUCAGGCUGGUGGGCACGGACAGGGAGGAUGUGCUGCGGCGUGUUCUCUUUGUCGAGGGCCCCGAGGCCUACUACGAGGGCUCUACGGCUGCACUGAAAGUUGCAUGGUACCUGCCUCUCCCCUACUCAGUCCUGAGUUCCUUGCUGAUCGUCCCCACCCCACUGCGGGAUGCAGUCUAUGAUUACAUUGCAAAGAACCGCUAUGACUGGUUUGACAAAGAUGAUGAGUGCAUUGUCACUAAGGACAAGGAGAUUCUGGAGCGCUUCAUUGACCGGGAGGAAAUGCUUGGUGGUGGUCCCAGCAAUAGCUUCUUUUGA